AUUAGUAAAUAGGCUAAUAAGAUUCUACUUAGAUUGUGGGAUACGUUUCUAAAUUUACGCUAAGACUGUAAAUUAAACUGUAAAUUGACAUAUCUAAGUAUUUAAUCACAAGAGAAUUAAUGCACUGCACAUAAUUCAAAUCAUAAUAUUUUGUUUUUAUUCUACUAGUCUUAUAGUACAAUAAGGUAGAUGGGAUUUAACAUUUUGUCUUCGUAUUUACUAUCAAUCGUGUCAUUCUACAAAAAGUUAUUCAAGUAAAUGAAAAUCUAGUACUUAAUAUACCUUUUAUCAUUCAAUAAUAAAUUCUUUUUUACGAAAAAAUUUAGGAAACUGCGAGAUGAUGUUAGGUAUUCGAAAUUAAAUUUUUCUACCGAUACGUGUAACGAUAAAUAAAUUCCUAAAAUAUCAAUUAGGUACCUUACGACAUAGGUACAUCGUACAUAAACCUAAAAUAUUAAAAAGUGGGUAGGUAUAUUUAUAAAAGUAACUAACAAAAAUAGCUUUAACUUUGGUCUCUACAAAAUGCAACUAACGUCUAUGAAGACGCUUCGUUCCUCUGGGCCUCUGAGCCAAACCGGUCGAACAAUGGAAAUUCAAAAAUUCGUUAUAUUUUUUAUGGCUUCUUCAACGAGGGGAGGAAUUUGGAUCACGAAGCGGCGGCGUCCGCUAGGGGUUGCUCGCUCGGUCGCUUCGCGCCUGCGCACGUAGUUCGCGCCACUGCUACGUCGCUUGCAAGCCAGAUGUUCUGAAAAGCUUCCUGUCGCCGUUUCAAUGCUCCGCAUUUUUAUCUAAUAAGUUAUUGUAAAAUGUGGACUAGGACCUUUUUAAUAUUUUCUUUUAUGAGUGAAGUAAUCAGUGAAUAAAUAUCAUGUGUAUUGGAUAAACUGUGUGUAGUAUAUUAAAAUUAUCGAGCGUCUCGAUGUCCACGAGUUCACUCGGGACCAACAAAGCGGCGGACAUUUUAUUUUGAGUACUCGAUAAUGUAGCGUUCGCGUCGAAAACAUUAAUGUCGUUUUAUGGUUAUAAAUUCGGAUAUCGUUCGCUUACACCUUUUCGAUGCCGAGAGGGGUGAAGCGAGGGCCGGCGGAGGGCGAGGCCGAGGUGGUGGUUCGCGCUACUGCGUCUCCUUCACAUACCACGCUAUUGGACGACAGUCCUAGCCAGCCCAUUAGCUAUCACCUGCUAGACCACGGCUAUGGCGCCACGCCACAGCACCAGAUCAGGCGCGAGGCGCCUACGGCACCGCCGAAGACGUCUGAAGCGGUGAAAAGAAGACUGAACUUGAGUGAGAGCAGUUCCGGCAGCCAGGGUCACGUGGUGCCCAUGAAAGCCGACUUCAAGACGCCGAAACAGAAACGCGUCAAAGUCCUCACGCCGUACAGUCGACCGUCCAGUUCUAUGAAAAAGUACACCGAACGUUCCAGGUUUGACACAUCAUUAGGUUUACUCACAAAAAAGUUCGUUGCAUUGCUGAAGUCUUCACCCAAUGGCGUCCUAGACUUGAACAUAGCGGCAGAACACUUAUCGGUCCAAAAACGUCGUAUCUACGACAUCACAAACGUUCUAGAGGGUAUAGGAAUAUUAGAAAAGAGAUCCAAAAAUAAUAUACAAUGGAAAUAUGGUAAGUCGGCGCGGCAGGCCCGCGUGGAGCGCGCCGUGGCCGUGGCCGAGCAGGCGCUGAGCGAGCUGUCGGCGCACCACGGCGCGCGCGCAUACAUCACCUACGCCGACCUGCGCUCCAUACGGGACUUCCGCAACCAGACCGUCAUACCCAUCAAGGCGCCACCUGACACUCGCCUCAGCGUGCCUCAUCCUGACGAGAAGGGCUACAUGAUACAUUUGAAGUCCAUGUCGGGAGAAAUUGAAGUCUACCUCUGUCCAAAAGAACGUCCGCCUUCGCCUGCUACAUCCUCAGGCCCAUUGCCGGCGGAUCCGCUGUUGGAAGACAACAAGGCACUAUUAGCACCACUUAUAGCGUUACUGCAGUCUAAACCCACCAGCUCUAUCACUGCUGACUUCACAACACCAAUAAAGCGAGAACCGAUGAGUGAGGCGUCUUCGUCUUCGAUGGUGGUGUCCACGCCCUGUGUCACGGACCCCACGCUGCCGCUGGGCGGCGCGCUCGGGGCCCACGCCACGCUGGCCACGCUCGGGGCCAUGGGCGCGCUGGGCGCCGCGGGGGCCGCGGGGGCCGCGGGCGCCGCGGGGGCCAUCGGGCCAUACACCACGCCACACGUGACGCCGCACAAGUCCCUGACGCCUCACUCGGACCACUCCAGCCAACACGACACCCUCAACACACCAGACAGCACGGGCGCACGAGGUCGAUUACGUAACGCACUAAUAGCAGACAGCGACGAUUUCGCGCCCAUAAUGGGCGGCGGCCGCUUCCAGCUACAGACCGAGGACCAGGAGUCAGAACCGCUGGAGUUGGAGCCGUUCCUGGCGCUGGAGCCGCCGAUGUCUGCGACGGACUACGGGUUCUGCCUGGACCACGACGAGGGGCUCGCGGAACUCUUCGACUUCGAGUUCUAGUGCAGUGCGCAUGCGUGCCACGCGGCGCGCGCCAUACGCAUAGUACUCAGCUGUACUCAGUGGGAGCUACACUCGUCUCAGUGUCACUGGAAAUGUUUAGUCUAUCCAAUGAUAUGGUUACUUGUAUUGUGACAUCUGCUCCAGGUGUUGGGAAAGGUGUGAACCGCUCUCAAUUACCUUAAGAUUUGACGUGAAAUUGGGACGACUGUCGUAAUAGUUACAGAACACUCUCUCUAUUUACAUGUGCAGUGUUAAUGAAAGCGUGCAGGCGAUAUAAAGUUCACAAAUGUACCCUUAGCAGAAACUUGCCCUGGUUGGCUUUAGUUACGUAAGUCGCUCGCAAAGGUCGUGUUUGCCAUUUACUAAUGUUUUUGAUGAAUAUUUGUAAAGUUUAUUUCGUUACGUCACUUAUAAUAAUGAUGCCAUUUUAUUUACGGGUAAUACACUGUCAUCAUGUUGAAUUUGUUGUUUUAUAUUUACGUGUUGCUUUAGACUUGUCUAAGAAACUGUACUUACAACAUUCAAUUAUGCCUGGAGUCCAAGCAAUUAUGAGAAAGUGUGAACGAUGCAAGUGACUCAUAUUGAAAGUAAUAACUUAUAGCCACGUAAGUAGUCUGUUUUACUUAUUGACAAGAGUCAUUCGUAACUUAGCUUACAACUUAUGGGGAACCAGUGCAUUUCAAGUGCCUCGGUCGAUUUGUUGAUAAUUUCCAGAUACUGUUGACUACAUAACUUUAAAAAUAUUGUGAAUUAUGGUGAACAGUUGUUAACCAUGUUCUAUAUGUAAAAGUACUGUAGACACGUAAUAUAUGAGAGUGUUCUGUAAAUGCAAUAAUUUGUGGUACCAAACCAUCAUUGCGCUCUAAUUUAGUUGAUAAAAUUAAUUUCGACGUAAAUUAUUUAGUUGGAUUAUUUGUGACGUAGUUGUCGAAUGUUUAACUAAUGUUAUGUGCUGUGGGACUGUAGGUGACGCUCGCUGUUCUAAUACGAUAGUUGUAGCAGAUUACUGGGGUUCCACGCGUUACUGAGAAUAUUGUUUUAAUUUUAAAGCAUAUCUAAAAGUACGAGUAUUUAUUUAGUAAUUCUUACAUUUUACGGUUUUAGACUGUAGUACAUGCUAUCUACGGUAGACGACAUGCAACCUCAUCCACUCCCAAUCUGAAAACAUGGUGCUAAUUUCAUUUCUUCAUCUCGCCGUCAACUACAGUCCCACGUUACGAGUAUACUGAACGCUUAUAGUUAAAAUGUUCCUUGAACGUGAUCUAAUUGAUUUACUUGUGUUGUUUAUACCGACAACCACUGCUUGUUUCCAAUGUCUGUGGUCGGUAGCUGACGAGGGCGCAUACUACAGAUACAAUGCCUUAAGACAUAGAAUUUUGUAAAUAUUACACAAGCCAAGUUUUGUAUGCGAUCUCUAUAGUAUGUCUGGACGUUUUCAUAGAAGUAUGCGCCCGCGCAGGCACGUAGAGCCGGGCCCGCAGCGCCCGUGUACAUACGUCGCUCAAACUCGAGGGCGCGGGCGGGCGCCUUGUACAUAUACACUAAUGAACGGUGAUAUCUUAGCGGCCUUCGAUUUGACUUGUAAAGCUAGCUCUAGUGUUCCAUACGUCAUACGUUCACGUUAGGCCUGUCGUUUGCGUAUUGCACAUUGUUCCGUUAUCGAUAUACUGAUUUGCCAAAUAUUUAGUUAAUACCUGAGUUUGUCAUUUAAGUUUCAUUAUGGGUUCGUUUAGUUGUCAUUGUAAAUAGUGGUAGGCAGGGCGGGAGCGCGGCGAACGUCAGCAUUAUAAUUUCGGUUAAUAUAAUUUUGAAUGUUUAAGUACAAAGUGCGAUGCCGCGAUAGCCGUCUUACCGUGAUGUAAGUACAUUACUCGAACUCGUUGGCACGCCUCCGCUCUGCCCUUUUUGAAUAGUGUACAGCACAAAUGUCAUUGUAAAAAACCUAUUAAUAAGUGCAUAUCAAAAUAAUUUUAAUGUUAGACUUAAUUUGAAGAUGAGUGAGUGGGUCGAGCGAGGGAGGCGCGGAGUGCCGGACUCAGGCAGGCGGAACCUGGUUGCAAUAUUAGUGCAAAUAGUAUGAGCAGGGCCGAAAUCAUUGUUUUAAUAUUUUAGUUGUCUAUAUUAGUUACAUUCCGUGCCCUUGUAAUGACAGACAACAGAUCCCGCGUCUUCCAGGCAUUUGUAUAUAUUUAUAUUUUGAUGGAUUCACGAGAUUAGACUGAGAACGCGGAUUAUGAGUGUCACGGUACUCGAUCAACAAGUAUAGCAGCACGUCGCGCGUCGCUACUCGCAUCAACCGAGCUCACGACACAAGGGCGCGGAACUCUCGCCGUAUCGGGUGGACACGCAUGCGACUACGUCCCGCCAGACUACCCGCUGAUAGUAUUAAAUCAUUCAUAUGUUUAUUUAUAAAAUUAUUUGCCUAGUGGGUUAGAUUUUAUAGUCGCGAUACGAGUUUUUGUUUCACAUAAAUUAGUAAAUUACGUUAGCUAUGUUAUGCUACGUUUUGAAUGAAAUGAAAUCUUACUACUAAUGAAUUUUUAACAUUUUUCGUUUCAAUAUCGUUAUCAUUAAGUUUUAUUUCGGUUUGAUAGGAUUUUAUUUUUCGUUUUAAUUAUUAUGCUUCCGUGCAAAGCAAAGUCUGUUGGAACGCUUUUGGAAUCAUACCACUGUAACAGAAUUUGCUUUUAGCGGCGCUCGUCAAGUACCUUAUUGUAAAGUGACAAAUUAUUGAAAACUGCAAAAUACUUUAGUUACCUCAUGUCAAUGUUCCUUAAACAUCGUAGAAAUCGAUAAUAGUAUAAAUUUAUCAAGUUUGUUGGUAUACCGUUUUACUGUGGAAUCAACUACCGUUUGGUAGUGGUUAAUUUUAUUGGUACCUGAGUGUCGAUUUUUAAGGAACACAUGCAAUCAACGUGAAGGUUGUUAGUUGCCUGUGCAACAUUUUUGUUCGGCAUCGCACCGCCUCUUGCUGGAGGCGGCAUUUUGUUUUAAAUUAUUUACGACACAAAUUCUGGGGCCAAACGUACGAGAAAAACAAGUACAAAUUAUUAACAAAAUUUUCUCGUAAUUUAGUUAAGGAACGCUACUUCCAUUGUUAACAUCGAUCGAUGUUUUGUUUUUAGCGAAUGAUUUUAUAGUCGGACGCGUUUGCAUUGUAAACACGCAGUAUAUUGUGUAAUGUGUGUCGGUUUAUGUUCUACUCUUGCAUCCUUGUAACUUAUUGGAAUUAUUAUUUAUUUUAGUAGCGCUUGUCUGAAAUCAUUUAAUCAAUAAUAUUAUUUGAUGUUAUUUAAGUAAUACAGUCGAACCCUGAGUAAUGUUUGUAUAGCGUCUGGUUAACGAUGUGACUGAAAGUAUACUUAAUAGUAGGUCAAAUAGUCUGGUUGUCUGCACCUAAUAUUUUCAAAGGCGUAAACCGGGCACUAUAUUUGCAUACUUAGGUUGACUUAAAAAAUCCAAUCUGGUAAUUUGUUAAGAGAACCUCAUAAUGUUACGCUUACACAAUAGCCGUCAGUAUUUUGUAGUCCAAUUCAUUGGGAUAUACUCAUUAUUACUUCUUCAACUCUACGCCGAUAGUUUGAUGCGGAUCUCAAAAUGUUGGUAUUGUUUGUGUAAGUUAGAAAUGAAACUAUCGGCGCGGGGCGAAACUGUUACAACGAUUUUAGUCCGUACAUAAUAACGUCACUGCGACGGUCCACAGGGUCCUAAUGUAGUAUUUCAAUACAGACAAUAUUAAAGUUAAUUGGAACUUCACAAUGAGUGGCGACGUAGGCCCGCUGUUUGCAAUGUUGUCUCGACACGUGAUGCGGGGUACAUACUGAUCUGAUAUCACUGGUAGUAUUCUGUCUUACUUUCUGUCUCUAGAUGUACUUAUGUUAUUGUAUAAAUCCGCGAGGUAGCCUAGUGUGAACUUUGUCAAUGAACGGGUUGUAACCAGUCGAGUCUAAGUUUGCUCCAAGAUGCAAACUAGCCAGUGUUGUUAUAUGAAACAGAGACUUUUCGACGGCAUGUUUUGUGUAAUACUUUAUCUGGUUUAAUGUAACAAAUUGAAGGUGCAAUGUUAAAUAUGUAUUUAUAGUGUGUGAGCGCGGGAGGGACGCGGGGGAGCGCGGGGGAGCGCGGGGGAGCGCGGGGACGCUCGGAGUAACGAUACGCUUGUUUGCGCCAUUUGUUGUUGGUGUGAGGCCUGUUUGAUUUGUAUUCAUUUGUGUUGAAAGACUGAGGUUGAUUAUUCCAGUUUCGACGAACGUGCGAGUUAUUUGUUGAUUGAAUUUAAAUAUAAAGUCAUAUAUAUAGUUAGGUUAUAUUUUUUAAUAAAUAUAAUAUUGAGAUAUGUAAUAUA